CAGCCUCUCUCUCUCUUCCUCAUUAUUCAAACUAUGGAGAUGAACGGCGAUCAACCGCCGCUGAUCUGGCCGCAGUUUGAGUCCAACGGAUACACUCGCCGGCGAUCACCGACUCCGACGAUGUUCGUUCCAGCGAUGAUCGGAAUGAUUUCAGCUGCUAUUUUUCUUCUGUUCAUGACCUUCGUCGUCCCUCCGUUUCUCUCAGUCACAUCUCAGAUUCUUCAGCCAGCUUCGGUGAAGAGAGGAUGGGACUCGAUCAACGUAGUCUUAGUAGUUUUCGCGAUCCUCUGCGGAGUACUCGCUAGACGAAACGACGACGUAUCGUCUCCCUCUUCACACGGCCAAGAAGAAGAAGAAAUUGUCACGAGCCGUGAAGAUAUUAAAAACUCUACUUCCUCGCCUGAGAUUUCGCAUGAGUGGUUCGAUGAUGACGUGUAUAACGCUGAUAGGCUAAAGAUCUACGAGAGUUUUAGUAACCGGAGCUUCUCGCCUAGUUUACCGGUUACCCGAACCGUACCGUUAAGGCGUAGCAGUACGUCGUAUCCUGAUUUAAGAAACGGAGUUCUCAGGGAGAGUGAUGACCGGCGUUUCCGGUUCUACGAUGAUUUCGAAAUCGAUAAGUACCGAUCGCAAUCAACGGUGGUGAUUGACGAACAACUUCAGAGUCUUCCUAAAACUGAAAUCGAAGAAACUGAACCUAAGGAGAUUCAAGUAGAUAAGUUCAUUGUAAGGCCGUCUUCUCCUCCGCCGCAACAACCAUCACAACCACCACUACCUCCUCAACCGUCGCCCGUUGAAGUAGUGCAGAAGCCGAGAAGGACUCAUCGUUCUGUUAGAAACAGAGAAACGCAAGAAAAGCCGAGACGAAGUGAGACUAACUCUGAUUCCACCAGAUUUAAACGAACGUUGCGACCUCCUCCUUCACCUCCUCCGCCUCCACCUCCUCCACCGCCUCCGCUUAUAACCGCCACGCCACCGAGGACUCUUCAGCGAAGAAAGAGCAAUGCGGCUAAAGAGAUCAAAAUGGUUUUUGCUUCACUGUAUAACCAAGGGAAGAGGAAGAAGAAGAAGCUUCAGAAACAUAAGAGAAAAGAAGAAACUGAAUCUCCGGCGACGGAACCGCCGCAAUAUCGAUCGUCAAUUCCACCACCGUCUCCGCCGCCACCUCCACCACCUCCACCUCCGCCGCCACGAUCGUCACAGUCAGUGUUCUACGGACUGUUCAAGAAGGGAGUGAAGAGCAAAAAGAUUCACUCCAUUCCGGCGCCGCCGCCACCUCCGCCGCCGAGGAUGUCACCGUUGGCUCCUCAGACACCACCGCGGAGAGCGAAAUCCGGUAGACCUCCGCGUCCGACGAAACCGACAAACGAAGAGAGCUACCAAAGAUCUCCGUUGAUCCAAACUACGCCGCCUCCACCUCCUCCGCCUCCGUUUCGGGUCCCGCCGAUAAAGUUCGUGGUGAGUGGUGACUUCGCGAAGAUACGGAGUAAUCAGAGCUCAAGGUGUAGCUCACCUGAGCGAGAAGUGAUUGAUGUUGGCUGGGGUCUUGAACUUACACAAUCUGUCGGUGGAGAUGAUAACAACGCCGCCGUAAGUACUGGUGGUGGUGGUGCCGGGACGGGGUUCUGCCCUAGCCCGGACGUUAACACGAAAGCUGACAACUUCAUCGCCAGGCUAAGAGACGAGUGGAGGCUCGAUAAGAUCAACUCUGUGAAAGGGAAAAGGAACAUGAGCUCCUCCGUGUAAAGGACCAUUAUGAAAACGGCCUAGUUUUUUCUCCUUUUCAUAUUUUGCCUGCCCUACAAGCAACGUAAUAGCAUCAUAAAACAAAAUAUCUUCAAGCAAAGCAAAUGGGUAAAUGUUCAUAUGGCAGAGACGAUUGUUCGAAUUUGAAGUUCCGGGUAAUAUUGGUAUUACCGGUAAAGUAUAUAGCCUAGAACCGGCUGGUACUUUUUUAGUUUAACCGAUGGUGGGCCUUUUGUUUGGUGUGUUUCUUUCUUUUAAAUCUCGGUUUGGAGUUUCCGAUAAAAAGAAAUUGAGAUGACUUGGUGGUGUUAGAAAUGUUAGUAGGUGAUAUUGAUGUAUGUAUGGCCCAGUUAUAUGGAUAUACAGUUGUGGGCUCUUAGUUUUGUUGGGCCUACCUAUUGUGAUCUUUUACCUCUCUUACAUUGAAAAUGUUUUUUAAAUAUUGUUAUUUUUCACGAUAUGCUUGUACUAGGUAUUUUUUUAAUUUUUGGAAUUUGAUUCCUCUUGGAAUUUGUACUAGCUUCUGCAAGGGUUUCUUGGUAGAAGCUCA